AGUAUUUUUAAUAAUUUGAAUUUUUUAUAUUCAUCUGGAAUAAAUAUCUCCUUGUAACCGUCGUCAGCAUUAGUUUCUUUUUUAAAUGAGAUAUAAAGCUUAAAAAAAAAAAAAAAAAACAUAUACACACACACAAAAAGACAAACGUUAUAUUAAAAUUCUGACAUCAAGCAGUUCUCAAGAAGACUGAGAGCACAUGAACUAAAAACAACAAAAAAAAAUUAAAAAAAAAAGCGAAUCGAACCCAUAACUCGUUGUCCGAGUUCGACCCUUCCCAUUCCGCCUUCGAUUCGUGCAGCAACUACAAUCUUUGUUCCUCCAUUGUUUUCACCUCGUCAAUUCUCUGCUCGUUCGUCAUUUGCUUUCGAUUUCGGUGGAAAGUGGGUUUUUGCGCCUUUUUCUUGGAUCUGGGGACAUCGAUUCCGGUGCAAACUGGCUAUGGACUACGAACCCUACGAUAGUAGCGGAACUGAUGAUGAUCUCCCACCAACACACCAAAAUAGAAUUCCCAGAGGGGGACGUCUCGCUGGGAAUGGAAGACCUGCAGUAGGUUCAAUUCCAUACCCUAGGAUGUAUGGUGAAAUUGAUAUGGAAACUCAAAUUCACCAACUUGAGCAGGAAGCAUACAGUUCAGUUCUACGAGCCUUUAAAGCUCAAGCUGAUGCCAUUACUUGGGAGAAGGAAAGUUUGAUUACAGAACUUAGAAAAGAACUAAGAUUAUCAAAUGAGGAACACAGGGAACUUCUAGGCCGUGUUAAUGCAGAUGAUGUCAUACGAAGGAUAAGGGAAUGGAGACAGACAGGAGCCCAUCAGCCUGGUGUGUUGAGUACUGGGCAAGUUAUUCAUGAUUCAAUUCCAAGUCCCACGAUCUCUGCAUCUCGUAAAAAGCAGAAAAUAAUGCCCUCUGUACCAUCACAAUCUUUUGGUGGGCCUUCUCCUGCAUUUCAUCCCCAACCACUGGCUGCACCCCACCAGCCGUCUUCUUCUGUGGCAAAACGUGGAUCUGUUCCUGGAUCUAAGGGCAAGAAGCACAAACCUGGCCAAGUAUUACCUGGUGUAUCUUCAAUAAAGCAAUACCCUUCAUCAGGACCAGGUGGAAGGAAUCAAGUACCUAAUAGAGUUACUUCUGGUAUUGUCAUGGGGGAGCUUGCUGAGGGAGGACCAUUCGAUUCACUGAUUGGUAGGAGAGUACGGACUAGAUGGCCUGAUGACAAUAACUUUUAUGAAGCAGUUAUCUCCGACUAUAAUCCAGUUGAUGGUCGACAUAAUCUGGUCUAUGACAUGGGGAGUGCAAAUGAAACAUGGGAAUGGGUUAAUCUGUCAGAGAUCUCUCCUGAAGAUAUUCAAUGGGUAGGUGAGGAUCCUGGAAUCAAUCAUGGUGGGGGUUAUGGUGGAUCUGGUCAUGGGAUGAAUAGGUUUGUAGGACGUGAUAGUGUUCUGGGAGCUGGAAGAGGCAGAGGAGCCACAAAGGGGCAAUCCAGAAAGGAUUUCUUGCCAUCACAGAAUGGAAUAGGAAAGAAGGCUCCGGAUGAUAUACAAAUACUUCACACAGAAAUGCUAGUCAAGGAGGUAGAGAGGGUAUUCAGUGCAAAUCAUCCUGAUGCUCUUGAAAUUGAUAAAGCCAAGAAAGUAUUGAAGGAACAUGAGCAAGCUCUUAUUGAUGCAAUUUCAAGACUUGCAGAUCUUUCUGAUGGCGAAAGUGGUACUCUUUUCUGUUUCCACACCUUAUUGCAGCGCCGUUUGAGAUUUGUCCUUUACAAGUAGUCCUCUAAAUUAGGAGUAAAUCUUUGGUACUCCUUUAGUACAUACUUCUUUACUAAAAGUAUAAAUAAGUCGGACUCAUGUGACAUUAACCAUAAAGGAGUAGAUAAAAUCUUUAUUAGGUGAUGGUGCACUGAGUUACUGAAUUUUUUUUCCUAAAUUAGAAAUUAGAAUACUUGUGGACUUUGUUUGGGUGUUGAGUGGGUCUAUUUGGUGUCCAAUCAUAAUAAAUUAGAAUUUGCAUUGAUUCAGCACUAGAUUUCUGUGCGUGCAAUUUGACUUAUUUUCAUGUGAUAGUAUGUUGGCACAAUACAGAUUAAUCGGACCUGUUAGCGAUGUUUACUGCAGAUUAGUCCCAGGCAUUUCAUCAAAUGCCUAGGGCUCUCCUAGUUUGAGUAUAAAUGAGGAGAGAAGUAACAUUGUUUUGGUGUGGAAAGGCUUUGAUUUUCACUAACUGUUUCUUGUUAGAGUGGAAAAUCCCUUUCAGCUCUCUUUCAUGCUGUAGAAAGUGGCCACAAAUCCAAUUUCAAGCAUCCCACAUUUUUGCUGUACCAAGCAAGUGUGAAAUAACUUUUGAUUCCAUAUUUUUCACUUCCCUUUUUCACCGAUUCAGAUAACCAUAGCCUAAGUAUCUAGUGAUACUAAUUCACUCUUUAUUUUAAUUAAGUAAUGUUGUCAUUAAAACAUCAAAUGAUGGCAGUGCAUUUUAUAUCAUAUGGAAAUCACCAUUAUGCUGUUCAAUGUAACAGUGAGCGGUCAUAA